CAAAAUAAAAGAUGGACUUUAAAAAAUCUCAGCUGUUGUCCACUGUUGUCUUAAUAUUUUGACAGUAGAAAAAUAAAUACACCAAAAAAUCAUCAUCAACUUGAAUAACUCAAACGAAAUAAAUAAAUAAAAUAAAAACAAGAUGUUGUCAAUGGAGCGAAUACCUGACCAAGUUGGUUACCUAGUUCUCACCGAGGAUGGUGCAGUUCUUUCGUCUGAUGGUGAGCUAGAAAAUGACGAGAGAAUAGCAAAUGUCGUGAGUGGUUUAGUUAGAAUGACUGACAAAAUUGAUCCAAAUACUCCAGCAUUAAAUGAUUCAUUUAAUAAAAUUUCAAUAACUUAUCCAGAUCAUUGCUAUGUCAUUUGUUUAUCAAACAAAAAAAUUCAUGUACUAAAAAAAACCCUCAAAGCAGCACCUAUCAUUCAGCAAGUUGAACCAAUUGAAGAACAACUUGUAGAUCCAUAAUUAAGUGAUUUUUUUUCUUUUAU